AUGGUAGUAAAAAACACAAACCAAUUAGAGGAAUCCACUAAUUUCACUUCUGAUUUCAAAGCUAAAGUUAAAGCUUUGGAUGAUUCAAAAGCAAGUGUCAAAGGUUUGGUGGAGUCCGGUGUUUCAAAGAUCCCACACAUUUUUCAUACUGGGAAAUUGGACAUCGGUGAAAACUCUGCUAGUGACUCCAACUCGAAUGUUCCCAUUGUAGACCUCCAAGACAUACAGAUCAAUCCAACUCUGCGUGCGGAGGUAAUUGACCAAAUAACAAGUGCUUGCCAUGAGGGGGGAUUUUUUCAAGUGAUUAAUCAUGGAAUUCCCGUCACUGUCUUGGAUGAAAUGAUUGAUGGAAUCCGUAGGUUUCAUGAACAAGAUGCUGAUGUAAGAAAAGAGUUUUACACUCGUGAUAAAAAGAAAAAAGUUGCGUAUGUCUCCAAUGGAACCUUGUUUAGUGGACAAGCUGCUAAUUGGAGAGAUACAUUUGGUUUUGCUGUUGCUCCUGAUCCCUUCAAACCAGAAGAUAUACCACCAAUAUGCAGAGAUAUUGUGAUUGAAUAUUCCCAGAAUAUAAGACAUUUGGGUUUCAAGAUCUUUGAGUUGUUGUCAGAGGCACUAGGACUUAGUCCUUCUUAUCUUAAAGAGUUGAAUUGUGCUGAAGGACUCUUUAUUUUAGGUCAUUACUAUCCUCCAUGUCCUGAACCUGAAUUAACUAUGGGCGCUUCCAAGCAUACUGAUAGUGACUUCAUCACCUUACUUCUACAAGAUCAACUUGGUGGUCUUCAAGUUCUUCACGAGGAUAAAUGGGUCAAUGUUCCUCCGGUACACGGAGCUCUUGUUGUAAAUAUUGGAGAUCUUUUACAGAUAACACCAUCAAUCAACACAAUACUAUCCUUUGAAGCCAAUGAAAAUUUGCCCAGGUUUCAUAAUUUUUCUGGCUCCGCCACUGCCUAUGCCCAAACAUGA